AGGGCGGUGGAGUGAGCCGGCGAGCCGUGCGGGCGGGGGGCGCCGCGGCGGCGGGCGCGGGGUCGCGGCAGCCCAGCACCGAAACCCUGGACAGCCCGACUGGAUCCCAUGUGGAAUGGUGUAAACAGCUGAUAGCUGCAACCAUUUCGAGUCAGAUUUCAGGGUCUGUCCCAUCAGAGAGUGUCUCCAGAGACUACAGGGUGUACAGGAGGCCAGUUAUACGGGCACUGCGGGAUGGAAACAAACUGGCACAGAUGGAAGAGGCUCCACUUUUUCCUGGAGAAUCAAUCAAAGUUAUUGCUAAGGAUGUUAUGUAUAUCUGUCCAUUUAUGGGAGCAGUCAGCGGUACGCUCACAGUGACGGACUUCAGAAUGUUUAUCAAAAGUGUUGAGAGGGAUCCACCUUUUGUUGUUGAUGUUCCCCUUGGAGUUAUAAGUAGGGUUGAAAAAAUUGGAGUACAGAGCCAUGGAGACAAUUCAUAUGGUAUAGAAAUAGUUUGCAAGGAUAUGAGAAAUUUGCGGCUGGCCUAUAAACAGGAAGAGCAGAACAGACUGGAGAUCUUUGAAAACCUUGUAACGCGUGCAUUUCCUGUCUCUAACGGGCUGCCUCUUUUUGCAUUCAGCUAUAAAGAAAAGUUUGCUGUUAAUGGCUGGAAAGUGUAUGAUCCAAUGGCAGAAUAUAAGAGGCAGGGCUUGCCCAAUGAGAGUUGGAAAAUAUCCAAAAUUAACAGCACCUACGAGCUUUGUGAUACAUAUCCUGCUGUUCUUGUUGUACCAACCAGUGUAAAGGAUGAUGACCUCUCAAAAGUGGCAGCAUUUAGAGCAAAAGGGAGAGUUCCUGUGUUAUCCUGGAUUCAUCCUGAGAGUCAAGCAACAAUAACACGAUGCAGCCAGCCAUCAGUUGGCCCAAAUGAUAAACGUUGCAAGGAAGAUGAAAAAUACUUGCAGACAAUUAUGGAUGCCAAUGCUCAGUCACAUAAACUUACCAUCUUUGAUGCCAGGCAGAAUAGUGUUGCAGAUACAAACAAGGCUAAAGGUGGAGGAUAUGAAAGUGAAAGUGCCUACCCAAAUGCAGAGCUGAUCUUUCUGGAGAUUCAUAAUAUCCAUGUCAUGAGAGAAUCCCUGCGGAAACUUAAAGAAAUUGUUUAUCCUACUAUUGAUGAGACUCGGUGGCUGUCAAACGUGGACUCCACACACUGGCUGGAAUAUAUAAGGAUGCUUCUUGCUGGAGCAGUAAGAAUUGCAGAUAAAAUUGAAUCUGGUAAAACUUCUGUAGUGGUGCACUGCAGUGAUGGCUGGGAUCGAACUGCACAGCUCACUGCACUGGCCAUGCUUAUGCUGGACAGCUAUUACAGAACCAUCAAGGGCUUUGAAGUUCUUGUAGAAAAGGAAUGGAUAAGUUUUGGACAUCGAUUUGCAAUGCGAGUGGGACAUGGAGACGAUGAUCAUGCGGAUGCUGACAGAUCUCCCAUCUUCCUGCAGUUCAUUGACUGUGUUUGGCAAAUGACAAAGCAGUUUCCUGCAGCCUUUGAAUUCAACGAGUUAUUUUUGAUCACCAUUCUGGAUCACCUUUAUAGUUGUCUCUUUGGGACUUUCUUAUGCAACUGUGAAAAAGAGAGAUUAAAAGAGGAGGUGAGCACAAAGACUGUAUCUCUGUGGUCCUAUAUAAACAGCCAGCUAGAGGAAUUCACAAAUCCCUUCUAUGUAAACUAUGAAAACCAUGUCUUGUAUCCUGUUGCCAGUCUGAGCCAUUUGGAACUGUGGGUGAACUACUACAUCAGAUGGAACCCAAGGAUGCGGCCACAGGUUCCAAUUCACCAAAAUCUUAAAGAACUCCUGGCCAUCCGGACAGAGCUUCAGAAGAAGGUUGAGGAUUUGCAGCGGGAAGCUGCCACACGUUCCAUUUCCUCCUCCUCUGACAGAGGUUCAUCUCCUUCCCAUUCCGCCACACCAGUGCACACCUCUGUGUGAUGUGGAACAAAAGCCAUGUGAAAAAAUCAGUGUCAGGUAACACAGAGGGUGAAAUGCUUUUCCCAUCACAAAAGGAUUGUGAGUGACUUGUAAUUGCUAUGAUCUACAUGCCUUACUCUGUGUCUGAUGCUAUCAUGUUGAGGCCAAAAAGAGCUUUAAUAGAUGUGAUGCAUUUUGUUGUUGGCAGUUCCCACAAGUGUUUUGACACUCUAGCUAAGUCACCAAUUGUGAAAUUAAACUUUGUUUUUCAGCAACUAACAAUUUAACCAUUCUAAAAAAGAACCCAUCUGCCAAGCAGACAGAAAAAUGCCUCACACAUUGUCUAGAGUACUAUGCCUGGUUAAUAGAAUCAGAUGAAAUGCCACAUGAUGCUUACACAGAACACAAAAUGUUUUUCUUAAUGGGAGCUCCUUAUUUCACUCGGUAUUUUUUUUUUUUUUUGCUAGACCAACUUUUUUUUAAUUUUAGGUAAUGCACUUGGAAAUUGAUUUUAAAAUAAAUGUUUUCCUGUGUAGUCAGUUUUACAUUUUGAACUAAAUACGCCAUUAAAAGUGGAUGAAGCUGAGCUGGAUUUAUCAAGUACACCACACUGACUUGUGUGGUGUAAUAUAUUUGGUAAAGCAUAUAGUUAGGUUUUUUAAUGCCUUUUGUACAAGUUGAAAUAAGUCUUUUGACUGUUUAGCUUAUUGUUCAGUUUCAGCCUCCUGAGUGAGAGGUAAACUUGCUCAUGUCAAGGUCCUGUACAAAGUAAAAGUUUGUUUUCUAGCAAAUGCCAAUAUUGGGGUUGGAAUGACACCCAGCUGUGUAAAUUGUAUAGUCUGUAUAGCUCCACAUUGUGAUUUGUUUUUUGUUUCUAAGUGUACACACAAAAUGCAAAGCUGUGUGCGUUGAUACACAUGUAUGGGAUGUUGAACAUGCAUCCUCCCGUGGGUUUAAGCUGUACACUCAGAAAAUGGAUCCUGCCUGUCCAAACCCUUCUGAGGACCUUAACUUGCAAUGACUUUGUUUGACAAAGUUUUUUUAAUAAUAUGAUAUUGUUUUUCUUGAAAUAAAGCCUCUUGGCUUUUUGUUUUUUAAAUUCCUACUAGCAUUUUUUCUGUAAAUGAAUAAAUAAACUGUGUUGUCAUGUUAAAUACAC